GAGCAGACAGCCAGUCGCUCGCCGUUCGUUCACCGACGUGGCCCGAAACUGCCGCUUCUCCGGUUCGAGAUAAGCGAGUAAAAUUGGACAUAUAAGGACGAUAAAACAACGAGAGACAAUUCGUGAUCUUCGUUGCGAUAGAGAAAUUCUUGUAUAUUGUAAUAUAUAAAAGAUAAAAUCAUAGCGGUUUCUUUAGGUUUAUAUUAUAUAUAUAUGUAUAUAUAUUAUGUAUAUAUAUUUAUAUAUUAUAUACAUAUCGUAAAAGCCUGAUCUCACGAUCAUCACUAUUGAAGGUGGAAUCCACAGGGAACGUAAUGUCGGAGGGAAAAUAAAGAAAAUUAGAACAGUAACGGGAGAAUGGGAUUCCGAAUUAGAGAACAACUGAUCGUUACAAAAUGCCGAACAUUCUCGUCGACGUUUCGGUCUAUCGGAUGCACUCCGUCAUACCGUCGCUUCGUAAACCUCACGAAGGUUUUCUCCCAGAAUCAGUGAAGGUAGAAUUUCCUAUGAGGAAAUCUCGAAUCGUUCCAAUUUCAAGGAUCGAAUUGGGAAACGAAGAAAGAUCGAAUUAAUGUCGUCGUCCGGCGACGUUUUCCUAGCCGGUAGUUGUUGGAUCAUUCGAUCGUGGAUCUCAUUGAAUGAAGAAAAAGAGAGAGAAAAAGUGAAGGAAAGAAGAAAGAGAAGAGGAAGAAAAGUGUGCCUUCCUGUUAAAAGUUUUUCAUGUGAAAUUGACUAAACACGAUUUAAAACGUUUCACGAUUUCGAUCGAAGAAUAGGAAAAUAUUGAAUCGAUUUAUAGCAUACAUACAUACAUACAUACAUACACACACAUAUAUUUAUAUAUAUAUAGAGAGUAUUCAGAGGGAUGAAUGGCAGAGCUUAGGGACGAUUUUCUUCUUUUAUCGUGACGUUGAACGGUGCUCUUACGGUGAAUCCAAGGUUUCCUACGAGUGUACCUUACCAUUCUUAUCGUUUUAUUCUCUCUUUCCUUAAAGAAGAAAAUCAAAGGUCGUUUAUGGUCGUACGUUAGGGAGAGGGAAAAUUGAAAAACAAAAAGAAAAAAGAAAAAGAAAAAGAAAAGAAAAAAGGAAAAGAAAGAAAAACGUGGAGGGAAAAAGCAUAGAAAAAAGCUUUCUCCCUCCCCCCUCCCAGUAUGGACGGCCGACGUUGCAUCGAUUUUCGAAAGACCCAAAUGGCUUCGAAAUUUCAUCGAAAAGAAAUGAAAAAUUAUUCUUGUCGUCGACUGUCGUCCAUGAUUAGAACGUAUUAAGUACGAUAGACGACUUUGAGCUUUUCUUUUUUUCUCUUUUUUUUCUUCUUUUCUCUCUCUCUCUCCCUCCCUUCCUUUUCGCUUCCUCCUUUUUCUUUUUUCUUUUUGUUUUCCUUUUUUUACGUGUUUCCUCGUGAGAAUGCUGCUAUCUACGAACGAAGGUCAAGGAACGACUCUCAGCAGCGACAGAGAAAGUUUCGUCUCGAAGAGGACUUGCGUCUAGGGAAUACGCGCUUCGAUGAUGAUCGAUGAAAUGACGAAGAGAAGAAAGUAGGAAGUAGGAAGUCGUCUCGGUGCUCGUUGUGGCGAGAAUAAAUCGUGGAAGCGAGGGUAAGAUUUGUUGGAGGUGUGGAGAGGAGAAGGAGGAGAAAGAAGUGGAAGAAGACGAGGAGGAGGAAGAGAAAAAGGACGAGGACGAGGACGAGGAAAGAGAGCAGAAAAUGGCGGGAAGAUCAAAGAUCUCGUGAUCGGUUUGGGGGUAGCAGAAUGGAAGGUGGAAGGGACGACGACGGUUCGUUGUUUCGGUCGAUCGUUCGAAAGCUAUCGUCGAGGGAGUCGGUGAUAAGUAGUGGGGUAGAGGGGGAGGUGGGUACGUCGAGCACGAAGAUCGGUAAUAGUGUAAGGGGUGUGGUAGUGCCGACGAGGAAUACGUCGACUACUACGACGAGUUCAGGCACGACGGUUACGACGGCAACGAUAACGACGACGAGAACGAGCACUCGCGACGAGUACGAGAUCGCGUUCGAGACGAUCCUGGAACGUGCGUUCGACAUGUCGAGAAACGAGACCGACGCUGCAGCUACGGCUGCAAGCGGAACCGCUACGGCGAGUGGAGGAACGGCAACGGGGGUUGUCGUUGAGUCAACCGGUUGGUUCGACGACACCCAGACGCCAACAACGACGGCGAGUUUUGCAUCUUCGUCGAACGGUUCAUCGCCUUCUUCGAGUUCUACCCUCGUCGAUAAUUACACCCUCAUAUCGGAUCUAUUCGUCUUCGACGAUCUAAAUGAUUACAUAAAUCGAUUAAAUUAUACCGCGUUCGCGAAUCUGACGGCCUAUUAUGACGGCGGUGGUAGUAUGAAUUUAAGUGCUACCGUUAAUUGCACGUCUUCGAUCGUGUCUGGGAAUGACACAGAAUGCGAUACCAGUGCCGAAAAAUCCAAUCCCAGCAAUUGGUGGGCUCUGAUACUGGUUAUCGUACCGUGUCUCACCCUCUUCGGCAAUGUCCUAGUUAUCUUGGCGGUUGUAAGAGAGAAAGCACUUCAGACCGUCACCAAUUAUUUCAUCGUCAGCCUUGCGGUCGCCGAUCUCCUCGUCGCGGUUCUCGUCAUGCCCUUUGCCGUCUACGUAAUGGUAAACUCGGGCUUGUGGAGUUUGCCAGGCUUCGUUUGCGACUUCUACAUUGCGAUGGACGUUACCUGCAGUACGAGUUCUAUCUUCAAUUUGGUAGCGAUCUCCAUAGACAGAUAUAUAGCGGUGACGCAGCCGAUAAAGUAUGCCAAACACAGGAACAAUAGAAGAGUGUGGUUGACGAUACUGUUGGUCUGGGCGAUAUCGGCCGCGAUCGGUAGCCCGAUUGUUCUUGGCUUGAAUAACACUCCCAAUCGGUUACCAGACCAAUGCCUCUUCUAUAAUACGGACUUCAUCAUCUACUCGAGCCUAUCCAGCUUCUACAUACCCUGCAUCAUUAUGGUGUUUCUCUAUUAUAACAUAUUUAAGGGUCUACGAAAUAGAGCGAGAAAAGCUCGAGCUAAUCGAAAACCAAAUCUGGGAGAAAUAAAGCCGGGCAGUAUUAUAGAGAACAUUGCAAACACCCGGAGUGGGUAUUCUGUGGCAAGGUUCGCCGAGACGGCGUUGGGGGCAGCCGCCUUAGUGGCUCCCGGCAUGGAGGAGCCAACGAACACCGCUUCCGGAAGCAACGAGGACGAAGAUGAGACGCCUCUAGAUCCAGUCGUGGUCAUCUCCAACGAUAAGAGCACCGAGUUCUUCUUGGCUACUGUCGUCGAAGAAGCAGCCGCGGUGGCGCAAGCACAGCUGGGCGAAUCGAACGGUCGAAGAAAUUCGGGUUACGACGGUGCUGCGAGUAGUACGAUGAUUCACGAGCCAACCGAAACGAAUUCGAGUCCAAGUCCAAAUCCGCGGAUCACUUCGGCUCCAUCAUCCUCAACGUCAUCCUCUCCUCCUCCAUCGGCGAGACCUGGAUCAGCAGCCGCAACUAGCGUUCAAGGAUCACAAACAGAUCGAAAGAAGAACGGAAACGAUGCUACCAAGCAAGAACUCAAAAGGCUCAAAAGUACCGGAUCUUUGCUUCCUCUUCAGUUCGGUAAAACUUCCAACGUUCUAUCCGGUACCGCGUCAGGCAGUAAAAAGGAUAAGAAAAACGCUAGUUCUAGUUCGAAGUUCGCGAUAUACAAGGCUAACAAGGCUAGCAAGAAAAAGAGGGAAAAAAGUUCGGCCAAGAAGGAACGCAAGGCCACCAAGACUCUAGCUAUUGUUUUGGGCGCCUUCCUGAUUUGCUGGGUACCUUUCUUCACGUGCAACAUCAUGGACGCAAUGUGCGACAAGUUGGCAAUGGAUUGUCAACCAGGUGUCACGGCCUUCAUUAUCACUUCGUGGCUCGGUUACAUGAACAGUUUCGUCAAUCCCGUUAUUUACACCGUCUUCAACCCCGAAUUCCGAAAGGCCUUCGGCAAACUUAUGCGUCUUUAAGUCCCGAAACAAAAACGCUACGAGAUAGCAAAAAAACCUAUAAACAUCGCGUUUAUUAACGUAAUAUCUAUUCGAUAAAACGUGAAUCAUCAAAUUUCCGAAUAUGAACGGAUGGGAAAUGAUUGAUGUAAUAAAUUUUAGGUAGGACGUGUUAUUACUCGAUACGUCGCCUAAAUUUCACCGAUAUGUCGUUUGUUCUCGUUUGAGCUAAGAUUAAGGACUCUCAAAGCGAGCAUCCCAUUGAUUUUUCGUUUUUUUAUUACUUUUUUUUUAAUUUUCCUUUCAACUUGUUUGUUCUUCUAAUUUUUUUUAUAUUUUUUUAUUUCAAUGAGCACUCGUCUUGGGAUAACCUGAAUUGCAGCGGAAUUGUUUGGAAAGUUGUGAUCGUGCGAUGAUGUUUAAAUGAAUGAGCUAAUGAUCUUAGUAUAUUAAGAUACGCUACUAUUGUACAAAGAAAAAAAAAUAUACAUAUAUAUAUAUAUAUAUAUAUAUAUAUAUAUAUAUAGUAAAGGUAUAAAACGACCUUUCGAAGGACUCUUUCGGAUAUGGUCGUUAGUUCGAAUAUAUACAUAAUAGUACUGCGUCGCUCGAGAGAAAACGUUUUUCCUUCGACGAUAUCAUUUUCUUUUUGAUGUGCUCCAUUUUCCGUUGAACGGUAGAUAUGUAAGAAGAUAAAAGUAAACGGAUCCAAGUCGGGGGGUGGGUGGGGCGGGGGGAGGGGAUUUAUUAACGGAGGAUAUAUUUGUUGUACGAAUGUUUAUUAUAAGUAUACCUACAUUUUUCGUAGAUAUAUCCGAGUACGAGCCGUGACAGUAUUACUAUACUAGUUACCUAAAAUUUAGCAAUAUUUUUUUGGCUCUCUGACGCUUGAGUCUCAGCCAAGAAACGGAGGAAAAAAAGAAAAGAAAAAGAAAAAAAAAGAAGAAAAAAGAGAUUAAAAGAAAAAAGAAAUCGACAAAAAAAAAACGACAAAAAAGAAAUAAAAGAUACGCCGAGAGAUUUACGACGAGAUAUAUUAUAGUCGAAACACACACACACACGCUCUCUCACAAAACAUAUUCGUGCUCGAUUAAAAUUCGACGACUCGGUGUAUUUCUAUACCUAAAUUGUGUAAACAACUCUAUGCAUAUACCGAUUCUGAUACUACAUUCCACGAACACGUACUUACAUGCGGACGUACUCGAAUGUUAUUGCGAAUCGUAUUUGUGAUUCCAAAGUAUUAUGUCAUUUCUGUGGAUAUAUAUUCGCGUGAGCACGAGAUUACGUCUAUAAAAAAAAGAAAAGAAGAAAAAAGAAAAAGGGAAAAGAAAAAAGAAAAAAGAAAUCGACGAAAGACAAAUAUUUCGAGCUCUUUACCUAUACAUACAUUUUCGUCGAUCGAAAAUCAUCUUCGCAUCUUUGAUUUGCGUUGUGAGAAUGAAGAUAAUAAAAAAAAAAAAAAAAGUAAAAGAAAAAAUAGAAAAUCAAAUAAAACAAGGAAGAAGAAGAAAAAGAAGAUGAGGAAAAGAAAAAGAAGAAAAAAAUUACGAACAUUCCUUGCGAUCGAAUUUUUCAAAACAUAUCAGUGUGUUAGUACGAAAUUACACAGUGUUAUCUGUUCGUUCUAUCGACUCUCGAAGGACCUUUUUACUCAAACACGUACAUACAUACGCACGCACACGCAUACACGCGCAUAUACAUACAUCUACGUACGAAGGUUGAUCGCGAAAUGGAUAUUUAUUGUGAAAAGUUAUAAGAAAAAAGAGAAAGAAAAUGAGUUACGAUAAAAAGAUUAGGAGUAAAUAAGUGUAUACGUUCGGCCGAUUUAGGAUGCAUUUCGCGCGUGUCACGUUUUAUCGCAAUAACGUCAACAAUCGAAAAAAGCUUUCUACUCCGUUCAUUUUCCAACUAACUAAGCUUCUAACGCCAAAUCUAAUCGUGUAAAUUUGUAAAUAUAUCGUAGAAAAUAAUUAAACGUAGUGGGUGCCACAUUGGACGCAAUACGAUAAAAAAGAUCGCGUUUUCUGGCGUUCGAAACCGUGCGAGCUAAGAUUGAUUUACCUACAAUUCAACAAUUUCAUUAUGAUUCAAUGAUUACAAAAACAAAUUUCAUUGAGAAAGGUUAAAGCCAGAUUUGCAAUUUAAUCCUUCGAUUUGAAGGAUUUUAAAUCAAAGUUAUUAUUCUAUUUUUAUGCAAAUUUUUUAUAUUAAAAUUUUAUUUAUUUUAAAUUAUUUUUAGUUAAAGAAAUCGUAAGUAUUGUCUUUUAAAAAUUCAUAUUGACUUUGAUAUCCUAAUUCAUUUCUCCAAUUCAUCAUUAAUAUCAGAUUUAUGAAAUACAUAAAAAGUUGACGAAUUUUUUACUAAAUUUCUGUAUACUUUAAAUUAUCAAGUUUAAAAUUACAAAAAUCAUAAAUAUUGAUCUUCGAUGAUUUAUAUUGAUUGAUGAUUAAUUGAUAUAGUACACAUAUCUAUCCUAAUUUUUUUAAUUCACAAUCGAUUUCAAAUUAAAUGAACCAAUAUUAAAUUUAAGGAAAAUUAAUCAAAAUGAAAUAAUCAAAAAAAAUAAUCUUCUCAAAGUUAAGUUAAUUCGAAGGUGUACGAUUUAAAGAAACUCAUUUAAAUCUCGUUCUCACCUUUCUCUACAGAUUUCAAACAUUUUUUCUUCCUUAUAUUCGUUCUUUUUUCUACUUUUUUUCUCUCCCUGAAAUAUCUCUCCUUCUCGGGAUCAUAGUUCGCACGUAAAUCUCACGCCAUUUUUCGCCAUCGAUAGCUUAUUAAUUAGUGAAGUUUCUGUGGUUUUGCUUUUGGUGUCGCUGACAAGAGAAGCAGAAGCCAAUGGAAGUGCAUUUCUAUGUCGGAAUAGUGAAAUCCGUUUGUGUUUCUGACUCUCUCUCUCUCUCUCUCUCUCUCUCCCUCUGUUUCUCUCACGAACAUUGACAAAAAGAAGUACGAGCAGUCAUGCGAUAUGAAAAAUACAGAUGAAAAAUAGAAAAAAUUUGAAAGACAUCGUCCAGCGAUAGAAGAGGAGAAAAAGAAAUUUAUCAUUGAUACGAACGGUAGAGGUGUACCGUAUUUGCUUAAUAAAAGAGAAGUAAAUUAAAUCGAUGUACGAUAUGAUCGUUUUCAUUUUUUAUCAUAUAUCACAAAAAGGUGUAUGUGUGUAUAUAUAUAUAUAUAUAUAUAUAUAUAUAUAUAUAUAUAUAUGUACCAAGAUCGAUGGUUAUUGAAACGACGUCGAAUCGUAUGAAAUUCAGUUUUAUUCAUUUUUAUUAAAAACCUAGAAAAACAAUAAAGCUUUUCCAAUUUCUCAAUUAGUAAUUAGAUUUGUCGAUCAAACUGCAAGCAACAAAUUUAUUUGCAGCGAAUAUAAUACUAUAAUAUUUAUUUCUCUUACGAAUGAAUUAAAAAAGUAAAAGAAGGAGAAGAAGAAGGAAAAGAAAACUGGAAGGGUAAUUAAAGAGUAUUUUUCCGAGAGAAAGAAACGAAGGAAAAUAUAAGCCUAGUCUUGUGUUAUAGUUGUGUAACAUUUCUCGAAGAGACGUUAGAAAAUUUCUUACAAUUCUGAGUAAGAUCGUUGUAUUUUUCUAACCUAAUUAGUUCCCUUUUCUUGUAAAUAAAUAACCACCUAUAUGUAUACGUUCAUACACGCGCGGACAUACACGCAGAACAUGCACAUAUAAGCAAACAAGUGAACAUAAUCGUGUGCAAAAAAAAAACAAAAAAAAUAGUAUUUAAGUAUAAUAAUUAUUGAGAGAGAAAGGGACAGAGACAAUGGAAUUGUGAAUUUUACUGUGUUGGUAUAUUCAAUGUAAAUAUGUCUUUAAAUCGACGAAAUUGAAGCGAGUAAGAAUAGCAUGCGAGAAUCAAACCAAAAGAAAAGAAAGAGAGAGGGAGAGAGAGUAGAUGAAAUAAGAAAAAUAAAGUAUAUAAUUAAUAAAAAGUAACGUGGGUAUUUCUGACGAUUCUCUAUUAAGCCCGGAAGUCACGGAAAUUCCCUAGAUCGAUACCGAUGAUCGUACUUAAUCGAUGAAAUAGAUUUAAGGCGACUCAACGUUGCACAUCGAGAAAGAAUGAAUGACAAAGAGAGAGAGAGAGAGAGAGAGAGAGAGAGAGAGAGAGAGAGAAUGAGAGAAAGAAUAUGUGUAUAUGUGUGUGUGUGUGUGUGUGUCUAUGAGUGUGAGAAGAAGAGAGAGAGAGGGAGAA